AUGUGCCAGGUGGCCCCCUUUACUUUCCCUUGUUGUCGAAAAGUAUAUGUCGAAGUUACGAAGGUCCCUAGUUGCCCCAACUCUUGGCCGAACCGAAAGUGUCCACCAGAACUCUGCAUUCAAGUACGCGGCUAUGAACCUGAAGACCGAGACAGCGGAGUUUGUUGGAGAUGUAAAGCAAAAGCUGCCGGUGUCGUCGCUGCCGACCGGGAGAGUUUAAGACCAAGAAUCGACAAAGCGACUCUUGUUCUUGGAUUGGAUGAGCUUGGUGUCCCGGGAAGGAGAAGGCGUGAGGAGCAGAAUGGUAAUUGUUGGUUCUGUGGAGCUACUGGGGGAUGCAAAGCCUGUGGUACCACAGAAAUCGAGCUCACUGAGGAUGAGGUCAAAGUCGAAGCGACUGGAAAGAGAAAGCGAGACAUCGGAAGCGCAAAAGGCAAGGAAGUCGUGAAGAAGUUCAAGCUGGAGAAAGACUUAGGUCAAAAGACCCCUACACGGGCUUUUGAGUAUUCAGCCCUAACUUCUCCAUCUCAUCCACGAUACCCAUAUCCUCAUGUGUUCACCCAAGAGUAUCAAUAUUUCGAUCAGCAACCUCAAAGCGACAUUCGCAGUUGUGGCCCGAACGACCUCCCCCGCCUGCCUCAAACAGAUGUGUCAAAGUAUUGUGAAGCUGGCUCGACACAGUAUCCUCUCCUAGCAAACUGGCAGCCCAUUUAUACACACCAAAAUGCUUCAACGGAAAUGACCAGCGCGUACCAGGGCCACCAAGCAAGCCAAUUUUCUGAUGAUGGAAGGUAUGUAAACUCCACUGCUCAGUAUUGUUCAAGCGAACACAUAUCGCAUUCGGAACCCGACAUCUAUCCAUCUCUCCUCGGUGACAAAAGCCCUAUUAGUGGCAACGCUGGGCUAUGGUUUGAUCGUACAGAGCAAGAAGAUGAACAUCAUAUGGAAGUUAUGUCUCGCUUUCAUUCGGCAGAACAACUAUCUCGAAAUGUGGUGGACAUACACCCUCUGAUCAACCAGACUAGCACACCAAGACUCCCCAGCAUGUACACCAAUUCGCAACAAAGUAGCCAAUACAUUCAUGAUGGAGAGCGACAAGACUAUAAGUCCCAAGAGUCUAAUCUCAACGGCUAUCCUCCGGACCCACAUGCAAACGUUUAUUUGGAGCAUGACAUCUCCUAUGAUGAACGCGGUGUUCAGGAAACUUCCAAUGGCUAUACUUGCCAUCACGAGAAUAGUCAAACUAUCAACGAGGAGCCACAAUAUGAAUUUAAGCAUGAGAGGUCUUUGUCUUCGCAAAAUUCAUGCUCGUCUUUGGACCCAAACAUCCAGCCUGGCCUUGAUGAUCUACCACUCCAGUGUGAUCUAGCCAAAAUCGACGACACCACUCUGGCGAGGCUGUCGAAGAAGUAUGGUGGUGACAUAAAAAGUAAUGGCGUGAACUCUAAUGUGGAUGUCAAGCUCGCUCAAGAAGCUGUUACCAAACAUGGUGGCUCAGGUAGCAGCAAGCUGAGGCGACCCUGA